UUGUCAGUUAUUCAAAACAAUUGUCAGUGUCAGUACCAUUAAAAUUUACUGUAAAAUGGGUCUCAUUCCUAUUGCUGUUUCAUUCAUGCUCACCCACUCAGGCCACAUGAUAUUCAAGGAGGCACCUUAUGGUAUUCAAAAUGAACCGUUCGCCCCUUGUUAUGUGUUUCUCUUUGGUGUCUUCCGCUUCUUGUGGUACUAUGGAUUGUACCCCACUUGCCUGAGGAAGCAACGAGUGUCAAAGUUUUGUGCGGAGUUGGUGUUUUCGAAAUACAUUUUGGAGUACCUCCUGCUGGAGUUUUGGCUUCCCUUGGAGUAUAGUGUGCAGCUAUUUUUUCACACCCUAGGUCUAAACAUUGAAAAAACACUAGAGGAACCACCUUUUGAAAUAUUCUCUGACGUUUACCUCCUGUUUGACCCAACAACCCACCUUUUGGCCCAAUAUUUUGUUAGUACCAUGUUUUUGGUGGCCGUUUUGCACGUAACUGAAGUCAUUGACUUGGACGCCUCACAAGUUUUAGCUUUGGUGUUUCGUUCCCCUUCAGAAAAAUGGUGAAGUACGUCAGGAGGAGUGUGAUAAAAUUGUUAGGAAUAAAGGUCCACAAAAGGACCAAACCAAAACUAACGAUAUUGGCCCACGAUAUGGUACAAUUUUAAUGAAUUCAUUGUUAAACAAUGCUAAAUAAAAUUGAUUGUUUCAUCCACGUUGUCAUUUGUUAUUCGGUACAACAUGUCAUUCGUGACACUUCCAUUACUAAUUUAAUUCAAAAUUCAAGUAUGGGUAAUUUUGCUCCCACAGCUCUGGCAUUUCUUUUAACCUACUACGGUACCAUGAUAUUCACCAAGUUGGAGGACGAGUUGUGCACGUCUUGUUGCAUCUUCCUGCUCACCAUCUUCUUCCUCAUUUGGAACUGUGGCAUCAACCUUAAGUCACUGAAGAGGCAUUGGUGUCUACAGCUUUGUAUUGAGUUGCUGAUUUCUAAGUUCACCAUGGAGGAGCUGCUCGUGCAAUUUUGGUACCCCCUGGAAGACACGGUGUUGGGAGUGUUUCCCAGGCUAGCUAUUAAUUUGGAAACUGUUUUGUCUGAGCCACCAUUCGAGUACUAUGUUAAUAUGGAUUGGCUGCACGGGCCCAUCACCAGGGCCUUAAUUAGCAUCCUCAUCAGCUCCUUCCUUCUUGUUACUAUUUUGCACGUAACUAGAACCAUUGACCUGAGAGGUCUCGAGCAAGGCCCCAGGUUCUUCCUGCACGACACCUACGCCAAACUCAUAAGGUACGCCACCAAGCGUGUAUCCAAGUUACUGAAGAAGCUUAGCUCCAAAAAGGUGCGAAGCAACAGCUGCGACUUGAGGAAGAAACUGGACCAGCCCAAAGAAGUCGGACAAGCCGGCGACUUUGCACGAACCGACGACACACUCGCCUCGGACGUGGCCGAGGAAGAUUAAUUUGAUGACGAGUAACUUUAUUUUCCUGCAAACCCUUUAGACUUUGUUUUUGAUGAACGAUAAUAAAUGUGUCCCUACGUGA